AUGAAAGCGGCGACAUAUCUCCUUGUGCUGCUGGCAGCGCCGCUGCUCGUUGUCAGAUGCCACGAUGACGUGGCGGAGCUGGCCAAAGCCGUCGCUUCCGACCUAGAAGACAGCGAGGUGGAUGAGCUGGAUGAGGCGCUUUAUGAGGGGUUCGUACAGGGCGUCGCCCUCAACUUCGACUAUGUCUCCUUCGGCAAGCAGUCGACUGAUGACACAGAGUUGACGCCGCAGGAGAAGGAGACUGAGCACGAGCACAACCUGCAUAAGGCGGAGAUUGAGGCCGACUACCUCACAAAGCACCGGCCGCUGGAGUCCUCGGUUGUAGACGAAACGGAAUCCGACCUCUACUCGCUGUUCAACAUACUCAUGCACUACCUGUCGUCACGGUCGCAGCCGUGGAAGUUAGUGGAGCCCAAGACCGAGGGACUAGAGGAUGGCAUGGAGCACCACAUGAUUUUCGUGAGCGAGGCUGACAAUUCGGAAAAUAAGCAUAUUCCGCGGAACAUGGUGCUGUCCGUCGGUAACAUCGCAAAGACAUUGCCGCAAAAGGGCGGAAAGUCGCCAAUCCUGCUAACGUGCCUGGAGACGUUCAUCGUCUCCAAGCUCGCCUUCAACCUCAUGUCCAGACUCGUCAAGAGCCCGGCUCCUAUCGACACGAAGCUCAAAUACGUCGAUAGGUGGAUUCAUCUGGUGCAGAACCACUUCGUGCUGUACCUGCCGUACAUCACCAUCACGGCACAGCGAUGCGUUAACAUGCUAAGCGAUGAUGGGCAGCUGAAAUCCGAAUUCAGCGGUCAACACUACGAAACGCUCCUGAAGAACUGUAACGUCAUGGUAGGCAAGCGCGACAACGAAUCGGACCUGCAGACGUUCGUGAUGCUCGAUGCGGAGCUGCACAGCGCACUCAUCGAGCGAUGCAUACAUCAGCGGCACAUCAUACCCUCAUUGCUGGAGGAAAAGGAGACGCAUCUGAAACGGAUACACAGUGUGUUGGAUAGGGAGAUGUCAUGGGAGACAUUCAGUAACGCGGUCAACAUGGUCUUCGGCGACGUGGAGCGCAAUAUCCUCAAGGCAGAUGACUACCUCAUGAAGCCGUCAACAUGGGGUUGCGGGCUGUCGAAGAGCGAGGCUAACGAAGCGGAGAAGAAGUUAAUCGGUGCAUUCAUCAAGUCGCACGUUGAGCUCAACCUCAAAGUCAGGUCGACCAUAGUGAAGCUCAACCGAGUCAUCGCAGAUGCCGCACCGGACAAGGGCGCAACCCUGGCGGAAGCGCUGCUCGCAUUCGUCGAGCACGAACACCAUGCGGCGGCCGAGGAGGCGCAGCGCAACAACGAACUAUCGCAAUGCAUAGACGACGCUGUAGGUUUUUCUGUUGCGUUUUUCAAUAGAGCGCAGAAACGCAAAUUCAGCGACGAGGCUAGCCAUUACGGCGAAAACGUCACAAAGGAAUCAUACACGAGUGGUAUCGCAGUGGAUAUGAAGAAGUACCAGAACGAAGGAUGGAUGCCCUGCAUGUCUGCGCGGAUACUGAACACCAUCGUAGAGACCUGCGGGAACAAGGUGCAGUACUGCAAGGUACUGCUCGAGGUCCUGCGGGACUUCAUUGAUGAACUCGAGCCAGACAGCACCUCGGCCCUCGUCAUGGAGAAUUUGCACAACGUCGUGUCCGUAUCGUUGCUCAAGAACAAAGCCAUCACGGCGGAGGACCUGCGAUCCUACCUCGCCAAGGUGGCGAAGAAUGAACUCAAAGAAGUCAACUCAAUGAAUGGAGCCUCAGAUCAGGCAAAGCCGUCAGAGGCAGAAUCUAAGGAGACCAAGAAAGAAGAAGCUGCCACGGGAGGCAGUGACCACGAUAAGGAGGCUACAAACGCGGAAUCUACGCAACACGAAGUACAGUCAGAAAGCACAGAGCAGGCCAUUAAGGAGCACUGA